AUGAUGACGUGCCGUCUGCUGUGCGCCCUGUUGGUGCUCGCCCUGUGCUGUUGCCUGUCCGUGUGUGCGACAGCAAGUGAAAUUAAACUUCAACAAGAGGCCGAUUUGCCGGCCACUGACUCACAAGCGCAGGAAAAGCUUGGUGAGGUACGGGAUUCAAGUACGGAUGCUGAUGCAUUACUGAAAGGAAAUGCGGCAUCCGGAAUAGGACAGAAUGCAAAUGGGGAGCCCUCCAGUAAAUCAGAACCAUCAGUUCCGAAGUUGAAUGCGUUAGGGGUGGAAAGUCCGAAGGGCGUUCAGGAUCAGGCACGUGCUGGGGUCACCAAGACGGCAAAACAAGGAAAAGUAAAGCCCCUUAAUCCAGAAGCAACAGGCAAAUCCGGUGAGCAGCAGUCAACAAGUGUGAAUGCCAUAAUGAAGGUAUCAGGUAGCGAUAUCACUGCCCGCACCACGACAAA